CACAGACACACAGACACAAGUAACCAGCUGAUUGGCGGGGUGUGUUUGUUUACCGUCUCGUGUCUCGCUGUGCUGGCCUGAGGGUGUGUCACUGUGUCCCUGUGUCACGCCCCUCACCACCUGCCAGGGGCCAUGAAGAGGGUGGUGCUCUUCAGGAAUGGCUCAGGCGUGGACGGGAAGGUGGUGCUGGUGACUCACUCCCUGGAGGAACUGCUGGUGGAGGCAUCACAGAAGCUGGGUGUGUUUGCCACGUUGCUCUUCACGCCGCAGGGAGGACACAUCAAUGACCUCCGCCUCAUAAGGGAUGACGACAUUCUCUAUGUAUCGGAGGGAGAGGAUUUCCGCCCGCCAGCCAAGCCCAGCCCUGGCAUGCGCCCUGCAGGAUGUGUGGGUACCCGGGCCAUGGCAACCCCUCCCUGUUCUCCAGGACAGGGCGGAGCAGAGGGCCGGGAGUGGGUGACCCUGAAUGUGGGCGGCCGUCUCUUCACCACCACCCAUGCCACGCUGGUCACCAAAGAACCCAACUCUAUGCUUGCUAAAAUGUUCACCCUGGGAGGAGAGUCUCUGGUGCCAAGCUGCCGUGAUGCCCAUGGUGCCUUUCUCAUAGACCGCUCCUACACUUACUUCGAGCCCAUACUGAACUAUCUCAGAAAUGGCACCUUGAUUCUGGACCCUGGCAUUAACCCUGAAGGCGUUCUGGAGGAGGCACGUUUCUUUGGCAUUGAGGGAGCCAUACCAGAGCUGGAGGCGGUGGUGGCGAUGAAGGAGAGCAACCGAGAGAUGGAGCCCCUGAAGCGGAGGCACGUGGUGGAGGCGCUCAUCACCACACACCACCGGGAUGAACUCAGGUUUCAGGGGGUCAGUCUGCGCGGGGCCGAUCUCAAACUAGACCUGCGGAAUAUAAAUUUUAAGUUUGCAGACCUUUCUGGGUGUAACCUCUCGGGGGCAAACAUGAAUGGCUGCUGCCUGGAGCGUGCCAAUCUGUGUGGUGCCACGCUGGAAGGGGCCCAGCUGCUCAACGUGAAGCUCCUGUGUGCCAACAUGGAGGGUGCCAACCUGAGGGCCUGUAACUUUGAGGACCCAGCUGGCACUAGGUCCAACUGUGAGGGUGUCAACUUGCGAGGGGCAGUGCUGGAAGGAAGCAUGCUGGCUGGUGUCAACUUCAGGGUCGCCACACUCAAGAAUGCCAACCUAAAGAACUGUGACCUGCGAGCGGCGGUGCUGGCGGGCGCUGAUCUGGAGAACUGUGACCUCUCCGGGAGUGACCUGCAGGAGGCCAACUUGCGGGGCGCCAACCUCAAGGACACAGCGUUUGAAUUGAUGCUUACUCCCCUGCACAUGUCUCAGACCAUGACAUGUGACCUUUGACCUGGGAUGACCCCAGCCACCCCAGCUGCCUCAGACUGCCAGUGUCUCUGACCCUCUGCCAGACGUGCACACAGCAACCACUAGUCCCGGCAGGUGCAGAGGAGAGACUGACGCCGGUGAAUGCAUAACAGACACAAGCCCUCACUGGCAGGUCUCUCUGUGUGUGUGUGUGUGUGUGUGUGUGUGUGUGUGUGUGUGUUGCCAAAGUGGAUGGGGUGGUGUUGUGUGUUAGUGGAUGCAUUUGAACCAGUGUAUGCUCAGAGAAAGGAAUUGUUAUUCUGAUAUGCACCAGUUGUCUAGUAAGUUUGUGUAUGUAUGUAUCACUCCUAAGGGUGGUUUUUUACCAGUUAGUGUUACCACAUUUCUCUUGGAUGGCUUGGGUGACGCCACCUCACUUGUCGUGAGUUGGUGUUGCCGAUAGGUUGUACUCUUCCUGUCUCUCCUUCCUUUGUACUUAUUGUGUUUCUAGUUUGUCCAACUUUGUUCUCAUAUUUGUGAUUGUUUUGUGCCGUGGUUCUGUUUGAUUCAAGGAGACUGAGUAACAUGAAGUGGCAUGACGUCACAAAAGUGAAGCCAGCGUGCUAUUGGUCUGACAUUGAUGGCUGCCCAUUGGAAAUACACGGAAACACUCGAGUUACACUCCUUAUUUUCUGUUUUAUGUCCGUGUUUUGAGGCUGCCUGCCAUAUUUAUUUAGAAUGAUGUGUGAUUUCAUGUCACUCUGCGUUGAAAAAGCAUCAAACACUGAAAUUUUACUUUGCUAUUUGUUGCUUGUCAUGCAGUAAACCACAAAAAGUAAUCUUUUUGCCAUCAUUUCUCACAGACAAGUCGUGCUGUAUUUCUUUCAACAUUGUAGCUUUCGUAUUAACGGCGUUAUUGACAGGUCUACAUGAUGUAUUUAGGAAACUAUGAUGUGGUUUACAUAAGUUAUACCAUCAGUUCUUUCUGAGUUUUCCUCUAGUAAUGUAAAGAAAGUGGCAAUGUUUGGUGUAAGUUGCGAUCAUAAGCUCCGCCCAUUGGCUUAACAAUUUUUUAGUACAGCAGGAUAGGCGUGCAGCGUCUCCUUCAAUCUAACCUCCUCUGUUUAUUUAAUUGUUUUGCCAGAUGUCUGAUUGUAUGCAGUGCUUUACCUGUGUGUUUGGUUUGUCUUACGGGUGU